CAUCAGAGGGUCCUAAUCUGCUUCUGAGGCUUCGUAAGAGCUUUAGAGAAGUCUACGCUUGGGAUUUACAUUGAACCAGUGCCUCUGGGAUACAGCGAUAAUGCCUUCCACUACCAAGACUCUAUAUUUCACGUCCUGCGCGCUGGUCACUGCCAUAUCUGUGGGGCUGAUGGGAUACAGCAUGUCAACACAGUGGGCUAAGAUGACCAUGGAGUGCGCGAGAGGAGGAAGUGGCUUCUUCAAUGGAACUGCUAUAAUCACUCUGGAGCUCUUCAGUGGGAAUUUGAACAGAUCCUUUUGCCCCUUGUUUGGGAGCAUUGAUACAUUUGAAGUGAUUCCUAAAUUGACAGAAACAGGAGUCACCCCGGUAGUCCUGUACGCUUUGGUGGUGUGCCUGUUGGCCCUGUGUCUGCUGUUCUCUGUUUGCAGCAUCCUUAUCUCCCUCUACAACAGCGUCAGUAACCCUUAUGAGACCUACAUGGGUCCUGCUGGAGUCUACGCCUGCAGCUCGGUCAGCGCAUGCCUGUCAGGUGUGGUCCUCAUCAUAUUUGCGGUGAACAUCAACGUGACCAGCAUGGGGGAGGAUUUGGUGAAGAACUUCUCUGAAGCUGUGCCCGUAGACCUGCAGAACAAGUCCACAGAGAUGCUGCUGGGAUACUACCUGAUCAUCCCUUACACAGCGCUCUCUCUCUUUGCCAUUGCCGUGAUAUACAUGUACGACCAUGCAGCCUACAAACACAGGAGGGAACAGGAGAGGCCUACCGAGGACGCACCAAAGGAGAUAAUGAUGUAUUAAUGGCAACGGCGUCUUCAGUUUUCAGUGACAUUGAUAAAUUGCUCAUCAAGACUUUAAGGACUGUAACUCACUGUCAUGGGAAAUUACAGAGAUUGUAGGUAAGUACAGUAAAAUAUGGAUGUACAGCUUCUUUAAUGUACAAAGAGUAGGAUUAGAUUAUCAGUGUCCAAAUAUCACGUGUUAAUGUCCUCAUAGUAUGAGCAACAGUUUUAUCAUUUCAGCUUUUUAAUCCGAAUUUAUUAAUAUAUAAAUCAAAUUAGGUUUAUAUCUUUUAUAGUUUGAAAUUACUUUGAAAAAUCUAUUUAUUUUGUGUCUGAACAUUUUAAUGUUUGUUGGGUUUUUUUUUAAGAUUAUUUUUCAUAUUGGAAUGAAAGUCAAAUGCACCUUUAAAUCUUCAAAA